AUGGAGCGUCCUUCUCUUUCCGUGGCGAUAUUCCUUGUCGUCCUCAUGCUUGCUCUUGCUCUGCUGCCCAGCAACAACAUCGACCAGGCACAGGCUGCAGCUGCAAAAGCAAAACGCAGCGGCGCGGCGGAGCGUAUCCUCCUACCCCUGGUGGGCCGCGACGGCGACAAGAUCACCCUGGCCCUGCAGCCCCACGACCUCUCACCGAGCGUCAACAUCCACAGCAAGGAGGAGGCACAGGCUGGUGAGAGCGGCGACGCCCGUCUCACCGAGCAGCACCUCCGGUACAUCGAGCACUGGGACACCAUCUCCUUUGAGAUCAUCCGCGCGCACAAGACGGGCGAGUGGAACGGGCCGUUCACGGAGCUGCUCAGGAAGAACGCCAACAUCCACAGCAAGGAGGAGGCGCUCGCCGUGGUCAAUGUGGUUGCCAAUCCCACCUUGGCUCAGAUUCUCUUGGCGCACGCUCGCAGUGCCUGA